UAUUUUAGAAAAAAUAAGAAAUGUUGACUGUUUAUUUGUGUAAACCCUACACUACAGAGAUUACUUGUCUUUGUGAGAUUAGCUCCAGACCUAGGAAAAUACAGGAAUGCUUCUUAGAAUCCACAGUUGCUGGAAUUCAAAAAAAGUAUUCGCACCAGAACGGAGAGGGAGGGUUUAACUUUACCCUGGAGUCUGGAACUGAAAUCAUCCUUACCUUAACCCUGUUCCUUCUCCUCGUCUUUCUUAUCAUUGGGUGUCUAUGUUACAAGCUGAGUUCUUGUGUUCAGGUGUCUUUACUAGAAGCUGAGUAUCCGUCAUGGUUCAUGUUUAUUCAAUCAUGAGGAGAAUAGGAACAAGAAGAAAACCAACAAUAGAAGCAUACAGACAGGGGAUCUGACAGGUUUUGUUGAAUCCUGUUCUGAAGAUGAUAUCAGAGAUCUCUCUUCAGAGAACCUAGGACGGAUUCAAACCUAUAGUUUGGAGUCAAACCUUUCAAACUAUACACAAAUACUUCCUCAGGAUCAAAAUAUUUUAAGUUCCAGUCCAACACAUCAAGGAAAGUCGGACAUUUCACAAAACUUGGAGAGCAGGAAACCUGAGCUAUGUUUUAUAAAUUCUUCCCAGAGCAAUAAUAUCAAUCAAGAAUCCGGGUAAUUUGUACAAGUUUUUGUAUCCUUGUCGACAUGUAACCUUUUGUAAACAGUUCGAUGAAUAGACAAAUUCAGUUACUGUAUAGUUCAGUUAACUGUAUAGUUC